AAAAAGAUUGCGUUUCCCCAAACCCUCUCUGUCUACCCGCUUUUCCUUUCUUUUCUUUCCUUUUAAUUUUCCAAAACUCUGCUUUUAUUAACUUCAAAAUAUGACUUUUAUGCCGAGCUAUUUGUUACUGCUAUCAGGUCUCCGCGUUUUACUUACGGUUGAUUUGGAUGUGGAAACAAGUAACUUCAUUGACCUAAGCGCCCCAGAAGUAAUCGACUACAAAGAUCCCUGCAAAGCUGCUGCCUUCCUGGGAGACAUUGCUUUGGAUGAGGAAGACCUGCGUAUGUUUAAGGUGGACCGCAUUCUGGAUGUUAUUCAGAGGUCCAUCCAGACCUUCAACGACACAGAUGCAGUGAAUGGUUCGUUGUCCAGUGAGAGCAGUAGGAAUGACAUGUCUCCAGACAGCCAUGGGCAGGGCUUUCGUCGCAGGAGGAGGGCUGCCACCUCCAGACCAGAGCGGGUGUGGCCAGAUGGGGUCAUUCCAUAUGUAAUCAGUGGGAAUUUCAGUGGCAGCCAGCGAGCGAUAUUCCGUCAGGCCAUGCGUCAUUGGGAGAAGCACACGUGCGUGACCUUCAUUGAGAGGACAACGGAGGAGAGCUACAUAGUCUUCACCUACCGGCCGUGCGGGUGUUGCUCCUACGUGGGCAGGAGGGGCGGGGGUCCCCAGGCCAUCUCCAUAGGAAAGAACUGUGACAAGUUUGGGAUCGUUGUGCAUGAACUGGGCCACGUGAUCGGCUUCUGGCACGAGCAUACACGGCCCGACCGCGAUGAGCAUGUCAGUAUUAUCAGAGAUAACAUCCAGGCAGGUCAAGAGUAUAACUUCCUGAAGAUGGAGCCAGGGGAGGUGGACUCUCUUGGGGAAGUGUACGACUUUGACAGCAUCAUGCAUUACGCACGGAAUACCUUUUCAAGAGGCAUUUUCUUAGACACCAUUCUACCUCGCUAUGAUGUAAAUGGAGUCAGGCCACCCAUUGGCCAGAGGACAAGGCUGAGCAAAGGGGACAUCACACAAGCCCGCAAACUCUACAAAUGUACAAGGUGUGGGGACAGCCUACAGGACAGUAGUGGAAACUUCUCCUCUCCUGGUUAUCCCAAUGGAUAUGCAGCCUAUGUCCACUGUAUCUGGAGGAUCUCUGUCACACCUGGAGAGAAGAUAAUUCUGAACAUUACUGCCAUGGACCUCUACAGGAGUCACUUGUGCUGGUAUGACCAUGUGGAGGUCCGAGACGGGUUCGGGAGAAAAGCCCCUCUGAAAGGCCGUUACUGUGGGGACAGUCUACCUGGCCCUAUCGUUUCCACGGAUAGUCGGCUAUGGAUAGAGUUCAGGAGCAGCAGCAACUGGGUGGGCAAGGGCUUCUCAGCCGUGUAUGAAGCCAUCUGUGGGGGAGAGGUGAACAGGGACAAUGGCCAGAUCCAGUCACCCAACUACCCUGACGACUACCGACCCAACAAAGUGUGCGUGUGGAAGAUCACAGUAGCACAGGAUUUCCAUGUGGGCCUCUCCUUCCAGUCAUUUGAGAUUGAGAGGCAUGACAGCUGUGCUUAUGACUACCUGGAAGUGAGAGAUGGGAACUCAGAGAGCAGUCCACUGCUGGGCCGCUUCUGUGGCCAUGACAAACCAGAUGACAUCAAGACCAGCUCCAACCAGCUUUGGAUGAAAUUUGUGUCUGAUGGAUCAGUGAACAAGGCUGGAUUUGCUGCCACCUUUUUCAAAGAGAUGGACGAGUGUUGUAAGCCUGAUAAUGGGCGCUGUGAGCAGCGCUGUGUGAAUACCCUGGGCAGCUACCGAUGUGCCUGUGACCCUGGCUUUGAGCUCGCCUCAGACAGACGCAGCUGUGAGGCAGCUGCGUGUGGAGGCUUCAUUACCAAGCUUAAUGGCUCCAUCAACACCCCCGGCUGGCCCAAAGAAUACCCCCCCAACAAGAACUGUGUUUGGCAGCUGGUGGCCCCCACACAUUACCACAUCACCCUGCUGUUUGAUGUCUUUGAGACCGAGGGCAACGAUGUGUGUAAAUAUGAUUAUGUGGAGGUGAGGAGUGGACUGACAGCUGACUCCAGGCUUCAUGGGAAGUUUUGUGGAACUGAGAAACCAGAAACCGUCACCUCCCAAUACAACAACAUGCGCAUUGAGUUCAAAUCAGACAACACAGUGUCAAAGAAAGGCUUCAAAGCCCAAUUCUUCUCUGACAAGGACGAGUGCUCUAAGGAGAACGGAGGCUGCCAACAAGAGUGUGUCAAUACCUUCGGGAGCUACAGUUGUCAGUGUCGUAGUGGCUUUGUGCUGCAUGACAAUAAACAUGACUGCAAGGAAGCUGGCUGUGAUCAUGUGGUGAGCAUUGUGUUAGGCACCAUCACCAGCCCCAACUGGCCUGACAAAUACCCCAGCAAGAAGGCCUGUACCUGGGCCCUCUCCACCACCCCAGGCCACCGCAUCAAAAUCGUUUUCAAUGAGAUCGACAUGGAGGCUCACCUGGAGUGUGCCUACGACCACCUGGAGAUCUACGAUGGGCAGGAUGGCCGGGCCCCCAGUCUGGGACGCUUCUGUGGCAUCAAGAAACCCUCGCCAGUCAUCUCCAGCGGCAACGAGAUGUUUAUGCGCUUCUUCUCUGAUAACUCAGUCCAGAAGAGAGGCUUUGAGGCUUCACACAGUGCAGAAUGUGGAGGAAGCCUGAAAGCUGAGGUUAAGACCAAAGAUCUUUAUUCGCACGCCCAGUUUGGGGAUAACAACUACCCAGGGGCGUCUGACUGCCAGUGGGUGGUAUCCGCUGAGAAGGGCUAUGGAGUAGAGCUCAUCUUCCAAACCUUUGAGAUUGAGGAAGAGGCAGACUGUGGCUAUGACUACAUUGAACUAUUUGAUGGUGCUGAUGUCAAGGCCCCAAGGCUUGGUCGCUACUGUGGAUCUGGGCCUCCUGAGGAAAUCUACUCUGCUGGGGAUGCCAUUGUUAUAAAGUUCCAUUCGGAUGAUACCAUCAAUAAGAAGGGCUUCCAUGUACGGUACAUGAGCACAAAGUUCCAAGACACAUUGCACACAAGCAAGUGAACCCCUCUUUACCAAUACUUAAGAGGAGGAGACUGUGCACCCCAAAGUGUUGACACUCCCCCCCCCAUACCCCACUCCGCCCAAAGCCAGCUGUAAGGAGUCAAGCCAUGCAGCAGUAGAGAGCGUUUUCAAGUUUGUAUCAUUUAGAUUAGGGAGGGUGGACGAGUGAGUGGAUAUGUGUGGGAGAUCUGAAAUGAAUUCCCCAAAAGUUUGUCAUUUCCUCAAUAUAACAAAAAGGAUCCCACAGGCCUGUAAGGAUCAGUGGGAUGGUGGUAUAACUGUAUAGGAUACAGGAUUAUCAGGGUUUUAGGGAAUAGGUUCCCAAACAACCUCCCAAGUUCCCCAACCACCUCCUAACUUGAAAUCCAGCGGAGCCCUAAAUUCUUGGGAAGAUAACCUUCCCACCUUGCCUUGGUUCCUAAAUAUGUCUAUCUACUCUUGACUUAAAUCUUGGCACUAUACUGUGUAUCAUUGAGGGUUGCACACUGAUGAUUAGGAAAGACGGAUAGAACCGGGGAAAUUUGUUUUAAGCACACAGUUGUAAUUAGUAUGGUCUUGCAAUGCAGAACAGGGAUGAUCCCCCCCCCCCCCCCCCCCCACAAACAUGAUUGAUGUUAGCAGAAGAAGAAAAGUGAACGUGUUGUUAUUCUUUUCAAGGGCUAGGCUAAUAAAUAUAGAUAACUGUAGAUUAAGGUGGUGGUCUGUUCUUUUCCAAUUGUUUUUAUGAUUUGUCCCAAAUAAAGACUCCC